CAGCCUACGUAGAAAUGCGCACACCACUGGUUCACCAUCCAUCUAAUUGUAAGCGUUUGCAUAGUGUAUGAGGUUCUCGGUGUGACGGAAGUAAAUAUCGCAAACGGUACGAUUUUAACGGGAGAAAAAGUGAUUUUUCUCCUGCACGAUGGUGCGCUCCCUCGUCUGAACGAACCAGGAGAAAGAGACGACGACGACGAUGAUGUUCUGCUGCUUGAGGAACUGUUUUGACGGCCUCGGCUUCGCCGCGAAUCAAACGCCAAAGAGAGAGCCGAAUCCUAUAGCUUUAGACACGUCUUACAUGGGACACGAAGUUGUGAUAGUAAAAAAUGGUCUAAGAGUGUGCGGCCGUGGUGGUGCCUUAACGAACGCUCCCCUUGCCCAGAGCAAAAGUUAUUUCGAAGUUAAAAUACAACAAGGGGGUGUGUGGGCUAUCGGGUUAGCCACAAGAUCCACGGAUCUCAAUGUAACUACUGGUGGAAACGAUACUGAAAGCUGGGCGCUUAACUCUGAUAACAUCAUAAGGCAUAAUCAACAAGAAGUACAGAAGAUUGCGAACCAAAUUCAAGAAGGCGAUAUUAUAGGUGUGUCUUACGAUCAUAUAGAACUUAAUUUCUACUUAAAUGGAAAAUCUUUGGAAGCUCCAGUAAUGGGAAUAAAAGGAACUGUGUACCCGAUACUAUAUGUGGACGAUGGGGCCAUAUUAGAUUUAAUUUUGGAUAACUUUGCACAUCCUCCACCCAUAGGAUUCGAAAAAAUAAUGCUGGAGCAGUCACUACUCUAGCGAACAGUAUAAAUUGUACCAGUAACUUGUAUCAAAGCAUUCGAUGUCCAUCCUGCUCGAGUCUAAUAUUAAAUUGCCGAACUAAACAUUUUUCUAAUUUCGGAAUAAGGAGAUCCCUUCAAAUAUAAUUUUAUGAAUAACAAGGACUAUUUCUCUGAAUAACGAUGUACAAAUAUAUUUAAUUAACAGUCGCAAAAUAAACAUUUUAAUUUAUA